UGAGGGAGACACCGGUGCAGGAUGCUGAGCUAUAAGAGGGGAGCACUAAGACCCAGUGGUAGUAGAGAAGGACUGCACCAACAGGCAAAGUAUGCGGUUGGAGCCAUUUGGUACCCUGAUAGCAUCAUCCUAAGAGGCAUCAGUCAUACAUAGAAAUGGCCAGCCAGUCUCAGGGUAUCCAGCAGCUCCUGCAUGCUGAGAAGCGGGCAGCCGAGAAGGUGGCAGAUGCCAGAAAGAGGAAGGCCCGGCGUCUGAAGCAGGCAAAGGAGGAGGCUCAGAUGGAAGUGGAGCAAUAUCGUAGAGAGCGAGAGCAGGAAUUUCAGAGCAAACAGCAAGCAGCCAUGGGAUCCCAAGGGAACCUGUCAGCUGAGGUGGAGCAGGCGACAAGGCACCAGGUGCAGGGCAUGCAGAGCUCUCAGCAGAGAAACCGUGAGCGUGUCCUGGCCCAACUUCUUGGCAUGGUCUGUGAUGUCAGGCCCCAGGUCCACGCCAACUACCGGAUUACUGCCUAGGAGCUACCAAGGGGCCUGACUCAUCAAAGAAAGUAUUUCCCUCAAAAAAUCCCCCAAUUAAAGUACCUCCACUAGAAUCCUGCUCUCCUUUCCAUUCCUUGAAGUUCUCAAAAUCAAGAUCCGUAGCUCUGGAAGCUUAGAAAUAUCCUGUCCAGACCUGAAUCUCCUUACUGUGCUUUAACCUUCACCAGGACCUAAGUUACCCUCACCUAACCCCUUAUUAAAAAGUUAGAGCGUGCCGGAGAGAUAGCAUGGAGGUAAGGUGUUUGCCUUCCAUGUGGAAGGUCUGUGGUUCAAAUCCCAGCAUCCCAUAUGGUCGCCUGAGCCUGCCAAGGGUGACUUCUGAGCAUAGAGCCCGGAGUAACCUCUGAGCACUGCCGGGUGUGACCCAAAAACAAAACAAAACAAAACAAGUUAGAACAUGGAGGGGCUGGAGUGAUAGCACAAGAGGUUAGGCAUUUGCCUUACAUGUGGCUGACCUGUGUUCUAUCUCCAGCAUCUCUUGGUCCCCUGAGCCUGCCAGGAGUAAUUUCUCAGCACAGAGCCAGGACUAAUUCCAGGGCACUACUGAGUAUGGUCCAAAGAAACAAAAGUCAGAGCAAGGAGACAUAGGGAUGUGGGAAAUAUUUUGAGUUCACAUGAGGUUCUUCCAACCUUGUCGCUUGCACAACCAGACAAGCUAUUUCCCUGUAGUUUCAGUGUGUUCUACUCUAAGAUUGGAAUAACAGUACCUAUAAUAGGGUUGCUGCCAUGAUUAGGAAUCAUUAGUACAAAGUCUAACAUGUAGUUUUGAUUCAUAAAUGGCAUCUCUGUAAUGGUAUUACCAGUCCUACCCGCCCAUUCACCUGCCAAAUCUCAACAUGAUUGUUUAAGUUCUUCCUUAUACCAUUGAGGCCUAUCUAGUACUUUAAUCUACUCACCAAUUCUAUGACUCUAGUACUUAUCUGAUGAAUUGGCUUUUCCUAUUCCUCUUUUCCCAGAGACUUUAUAACUCGUGGCCAGAUUGAAUGAUGACUUCAUUAGUAGCCUCUCUGUUGGGCUUCUGGAAGAUGUUGCAUUUCUCUCUCUUAAGUUGGUUUUGCUCUUAGUUGGAUUUCCUCUGCUGCUGUGUCCCCAAAGACCCAUCUGUUUACUGCUUCCUGAGAUAAAAUGAUGCUGUAUCCCCUUGUGUGCAUGGCCACCUUCCUUUACAUAUCCUCAAAACCUCACUUUACCUUUGUAACAGUUAAGAAA